CCAGCAGCCAGAGCGGGCGGAGGACGAGCGCGGAAGCCAGCCAGGACAAAGGCGGCCACGGCGCACCGAGCCCGGCUGCAGCUGCAGCGCCCGCGCCGACGAGCCCCCAGCCCCAGCCCGGCCACCGCCGGCAGCCCCGCCGCCGCCGCCGCCGAGGAUGGAGCCGCCGCGCCGCCCCUAGCCCAUGGAGCCAGCUAGCCGGCCCGGCGCCCACGCCAAGGAGGCUCCGUGCCCGGGCCCAGGCGCCCCGCCACGACCCCCGCCCGGCCGGGCGCACCGCCGCCGCAGCCCGCAGCUCCGGCCAGCCGCCUCCAGCCCGUAAAGAGCCGAGAGAGAGAGAAGGGGGGGGGAAGGGGGGAGAGGCAGGCGAGGGGGGGCAUCUGGGGCGGGGGGGCCAAGGACCAAGAGGCAGGAGGGAGCCACCCCCGGUCCCAUCCCGAGAAAGCCAGACCAGGGAGGGAGGAGAAGCGCCCCUCCGACCGAUCACCGCCUGGGGAGGGGGAUCCGGGCAGAUCGGGCAAAGAUUUUCCUAGCGGUGGGGGGGGGGGGGGGCUGCAUUGUGAGCCGGGUCUUUUUGUUGUCGGUCGGUGGCUUCUUGCGACCAGCGGCUUCCCCCCCGCAACAUCCCCCCUCCCCAUUUCCAAGAUCUAGACCCCCCCACCCCCACCCCACCGCAGCCCCCGGUGUGAUCUUCCAGCAGAUCUUGGCUUUGCAAACGGGCUUCGAUCGGUCGAGACAACCAAGUCCGCAGAGAAAGAGAGAGAGAGAGAAUAAAAGAAAGGAAGGAAGGAAGGAAAACCCAACCAGGGAAAAGACCCCCGCGCAAAACUUUCCCCGAGCCGGCGGAGGAGCGGCAAGAAGAGCGCCCGCAUGGGGGGGUCCCAUCCUAUUCAUUGAUUUGCACCCUUAAUUCCCCCCUCCCGCGCGAGUAGAUAGAAUUGCAAUCGCCCAGUGAGGAGGGGGGGUCUGCAAAGGCGACUUCCCCCCCCCCCGCCGGCUCCAGGUCUCCGUGUGCCCCCCCCCCCCACCCCAAGUGGCUCGGAAGUUGCCGCAUUGCAACAGGCAACCGACUCGGGGAUCGGGAGGGUCGAUCAGCCGCUGCCCCCCCCACCCCGCCCCCCGCCAGCCAAAGUUUCAAGUGGGAGAAAGGGGAGGGGGAGGAGGAGGCGAGGGGGGGAGCCAGACAGGAGGCGGCGGGAGCAGGGAGGAAGAGGAGGAGGCGCGCGCCGCGAGGAAGGCCGGCGGCGGGCGGGCGCAGCGCUGGAAAUGUCCAGGAGGAAGCAAGCCAAGCCGCGCUCGGUGAAAGUUGAAGAGGGCGAGUCAUCCGAUUUCACCUUGAACUGGGACUCAUCUGUGACCCAAUCAGGAGGUCUGGGACGAGACCUGGAGAAUGAGUCGAGGGAGAUCCGGGCUUUGGAGGAGAGGAACAGUGUUACGAGCCAGGAAGAGAGAAAUGACGAAGAUGAAGACAUGGAGGACGAGUCAAUUUACACCUGCGAUAACUGUCAGCAGGACUUUGAUUCGCUGGCAGACCUGACCGAUCACAGGGCCCACAACUGUCCUGCAGAUGGCGACGACGACCCACAACUCUCCUGGGUGGCUUCAUCUCCCUCCAGCAAAGACGUUGCAUCACCCACUCAGAUGAUCGGGGAUGGGUGUGAUCUCGGCAUCGGGGAGGAGGAAGGGGGGACCGGCCUGCCGUAUCCCUGUCAGUUUUGUGACAAGUCCUUCAUUCGCCUGAGCUACCUGAAAAGGCACGAGCAGAUCCACAGCGACAAGCUCCCGUUCAAGUGCACCUACUGCAGCCGCCUUUUCAAGCAUAAGAGGAGUAGGGACCGACACAUCAAGCUACACACGGGGGACAAGAAGUACCACUGCCACGAGUGCGAGGCGGCCUUCUCGCGCAGCGACCACCUCAAGAUCCACCUGAAGACCCACAGUUCCAGCAAGCCGUUCAAGUGCACGGUCUGCAAGCGCGGCUUCUCGUCCACCAGCUCCUUGCAGAGCCACAUGCAAGCCCACAAGAAGAACAAGGAGCACAUGGCGAAGAGCGAGAAGGAGGCCAAGAAGGACGACUUCAUGUGCGACUACUGCGAGGAGACCUUCAGCCAGACAGAAGACCUGGAGAAGCACGUCAUGACGCGCCACCCGCAGCUGUCCGAGAAGGCGGACCUGCAGUGCAUCCAUUGCCCCGAAGUAUUUGCAGAUGAGAACUCGCUGCUUUCCCACAUCCAUCAAGCCCAUGCCAACAAAAAACACAAGUGCCCCAUGUGCCCAGAGCAGUUUUCUUCGGUAGAGGAAGUGUAUUGCCACCUGGAUAGCCAUCGACAGCCUGAUUCGAGCAACCACAGCAUCAGCCCGGACCCCGUCUUGGGCAGCGUGGCGUCCAUGAGCAGCGCCACGCCAGAUUCCAGCGCGUCGGUCGAGCGGGGCUCCACCCCUGACUCCACUUUGAAACCGUUGAGAGGGCAAAAGAAGAUCCGAUCUUUGGAAAGAGAAGAGGGCCAGACGUGGUCCAAGGUCUCCUACAGCUGUCCUUAUUGUACCAAGCGUGACUUCAACAGUCUUGCCGUCUUGGAGAUCCACCUGAAGACCAUCCACCCAGACAAACCUCAGCAAAGCCACACGUGCCAGAUCUGCCUCGAGCCCAUGCCCACGUUGUACAACUUGAACGAACACGUGAGAAAGGUGCAUAAAAACCACGCAUAUCCCAUGAUGCAGUUCAGCAACAUUUCAGCCUUCCACUGUAAUUAUUGCCCCGAGAUGUUUGCUGAUAUCAACAGCUUGCAGGAACACAUCCGCAUAGCUCACUGCGGGCCCGGUGCCACGCCUCAAGAUGGCAACAAUGCCUUUUUUUGUAACCAGUGCUCCAUGGGCUUCCUGACCGAAGCGUCUCUGACUGAACACAUCCAGCAAACUCACUGCAACAUAGGCAAUUCCAAAUUGGAUUCCCCAGUGGUUCAGCCAUCCCAGUCAUUUAUGGAGGUUUAUUCCUGUCCCUAUUGCACAAACUCACCCAUUUUUGGCUCCAUCCUCAAGCUAACCAAGCAUAUAAAAGAAAACCACAAGAACAUUCCGCUGGCCCACAAUAAAAAAACGAAAGGCGAGCAGAGUCCCGUUUCCUCGGACGUUGAAGUCUCUUCCCCCAAAAGGCAGCGGCUCUCCUCAAGCGUCAGCUCGGUUUCGAACGGCGAAUACCCGUGUAAUCAGUGUGAGCUCAAGUUCUCCAACUUCGAAACCUUCCAGACUCACUUAAAGUUGCAUUUGGAGUUGCUUUUAAGGAAGCAGUCGUGCCCUCAGUGUAAAGAAGACUUCAAUUCCCAAGAGUCUCUCCUGCAGCACCUGACUGUGCAUUAUAUGACUACUUCAACCCAUUAUGUGUGCGAGAGCUGUGACAAGCAGUUUUCUUCGGUGGAUGAUCUGCAGAAACAUUUGUUAGACAUGCAUACUUUCGUGUUGUAUCACUGCACGCUUUGCCAAGAGGUUUUCGACUCCAAGGUCUCUAUCCAGGUGCAUCUGGCGGUGAAGCACAGCAAUGAGAAAAAGAUGUAUCGGUGUACAGCCUGCAACUGGGACUUCCGGAAGGAGGUGGACCUCCAGAUUCAUGUCAAGCACAGUCAUUUGGGCAACCCGGCCAAGUCCCACAAAUGCAUCUUUUGCGGAGAGACCUUCAGCACGGAGGUGGAGCUGCAGUGCCACAUCACCACCCACAGCAAGAAAUACAACUGCAAGUUCUGCAGCAAAGCUUUCCACGCCAUCAUCUUGCUCGAAAAACACUUGCGGGAGAAACACUGUGUCUUUGACGCGGGCGCCGAGAACGGGACGGCCAACGGCAUGGCGCCGGCCAAUAAGAAGGCUGAACCUGCAGACCUCCAGAACAUGCUGAUGAAAAAUCCCGAUACGUCCAACAGCCACGAAGCGAGUGAGGAUGAUGUGGAUGCUUCGGAGCCCAUGUACGGCUGCGACAUCUGCGGGGCCGCGUAUACGAUGGAGGUCCUUUUGCAGAACCACCGGUUGAGGGACCAUAACAUCCGACCAGGGGAGGACGACUGUUCCAGGAAGAAAGCGGAAUUCAUCAAAGGGAGUCACAAGUGCAACAUCUGUUCGAGGACCUUUUUCUCCGAGAACGGCCUCCGGGAGCACAUGCAGACGCACCGAGGCCCAGCAAAGCAUUACAUGUGCCCCAUUUGCGGGGAACGCUUCCCGUCCCUUUUGACCCUGACGGAACACAAAGUGACUCACAGUAAGAGCUUGGAUACUGGAACGUGCCGGAUCUGCAAAAUGCCCCUGCAGAGCGAAGAAGACUUCAUCGAGCACUGCCAGAUGCAUCCUGACCUUAGGAACUCCCUCACUGGGUUUCGCUGCGUCGUUUGCAUGCAGACGGUCACCUCGACUCUCGAGCUGAAAAUCCACGGGACGUUCCAUAUGCAAAAACUGGUAGGGAGCUCUGCAGCAUCCUCUCCCAAUGGCCAGGCCUUGCAGAAACUUUACAAGUGUGCUCUGUGCUUGAAAGACUUCAGGAACAAGCAAGACCUGGUGAAACUGGAUGUUAAUGGUCUGCCCUACGGCCUGUGUGCCUUGUGCAUGACUAGGAGCACCAACGGACAGUCCUUAGGAAUGACCACGCCAGAUGUUAGCGAAAGGCCGUGUGGAAGCCUGCGGUGUCCGGAGUGUAGUGUCAAAUUUGAAAGUGCUGAAGACCUAGAGAGCCACCUGCAGCUGGAUCAUAGAGACCUGACACCCGAAACGAGUGGCCAAAAGAAGGGUACCCAGACAUCCCCUGUUCCUAGAAAAAAGACCUAUCAAUGCAUCAAGUGCCAGAUGACCUUUGAGAAUGAGCGAGAGAUACAGAUCCAUGUUGCAAAUCAUAUGAUUGGUGCUGCCCCAUCCCCCAAUGGCGAGGUCUUGUAUUCUUUUCCAGCUCCUGGCUUACUGGAGAGGAGGAUUUUGAAAAAUGCUAUUGCAGAGGAAGGCAUCAAUCAUGAGUGCAAGCUGUGUAACCAGAUGUUUGACUCUCCGGCAAAGCUCCUGUGUCACCUGAUUGAGCACAGCUUCGAGGGGAUGGGAGGCACAUUCAAAUGCCCUGUUUGUUUUACAGUUUUUGUACAGGCGAAUAAAUUGCAGCAGCACAUCUUCGCUGUCCACGGGCAAGAGGAUAAAAUUUACGACUGUUCGCAGUGCCCCCAGAAGUUCUUCUUCCAGACGGAACUUCAGAACCACACGUUGAGCCAGCAUGCUCAGUAAGUCCCUGGCACGACAGGACACCUCUCCGCGGAAGACUUGACGGCAACUCAGUGGGGAAGACCAUUUGAACAUUACAUCCAAUCAAAGUGUCAUUUGCAACCCAGAUGUAAAACUCUAAUGAUUUGGCCAUGAGGCGCUGCUAUUAUAAGCAGCUGGAAAUGAAUAUUAAUGGAAGAGAUUAAAAGUAUUCCAUGCUCAGUAUUUUUUAUUGUCCUGCUUAAGCCUAGUGUACUUUAAAGCUCCUGCUUCUGACUGAAUUUAUAGUAGCUAGAUAGGAAUCUGCUUGGAUGCCGCUGCCCUUUGUUGCUUCUUGUAUUAUACUGAUAGUUCAAGAUUUAGAAGUGAUGCCCUUCUUGGUUUUUUUCCCCCCCUCCUUUCUUUUCUUCCCUGUUUUAACUGCUUUUUUUAAAAAAAGAGAGAGAGAAAAAAAUUUGCAAUUUUAGGUAAUUGUGCAUUGUGAUGUGAUGGCUUGGCUUAUUGUCGGAGUAAUUUUUUUACACAUUUUUGAAGUUUUUUGGUUUUUUUUUUAACAAUUAAAGACUAAUGCUUUGAUUGGAUUUGCCAGUUCACCGGACAGUGAUUAAAUAAAUUUUUAAGAAAAAGGUUUUGAAAAAACCCAAACUAUGUAAUGAAUAUCAUCCGUUUCAGUGCACCUGGAUGGUCCGCUUUAUAAAUGUGAGUUAAUCUUGAUUGCAUUAACUAAUACAGUUCAAUAAAGGGAAUACAUUGGA